AUGAAGACACUGAACCACACCAUUGCCGCUGCGGAGCAGAUACCGGUGGCAGUAGUAUCGGAAGAGGAGCACCUGGCGAGUGGCGGUCUGUUCGAGGAGCCUGAGGAGUACUUCAAGCCGGAGUCAGAGCCGACCUUCCGCUCGUACCACCGCAAGGGUUGCGGAGAUGAAGUGAAGCUCAAGCUGGUGGGCAGCCACCCGCUCUGGGCUCACAUGUUGUGGAACGCGGGGCUCGUCCUGGCCGACUACCUCGACGCCAAUCCGUCGCUCCUCCAGGACAAGACGGUGCUUGAACUUGGUGCAGGCGGAGCGCUGCCUUCCAUCAUCGCCGUCAAGUGCGGCGCGAACAAGGUGGUGGUGACCGACUAUCCGGAAGACGAGCUCAUCGUCAACAUCAACGAAAACAUCGAGAACAAUACGACCGCGAAUGAGCGCGAAAAUGUGGUCAACGUCCAGGGCCACCUGUGGGGUUCGUCCAUGGAGCCCCUGCUGGCGGCCCUGUCUGAGAGCGGUGAGACCAAGUUCGACGUCAUCAUCAUGGCCGACCUCAUCGCCAACCACAGCCAGCAGAACAAACUCCUCCAGGCCGCGCGAGAGGCUCUCAGCGAUGAGGGCGUCGUGUUGGUGUCGUUCUCGUCGCAUCGACCGACGGUGGCCCACCUCGAUGAGCGAUUCUUCGAGAUGGCACGCGAAGAGGAGCACGGGGCGUUUGAGGUUGAGCACCUCUUCACCGAGCGGCUGCUCAAGCCCAUGUUCAAGGUCGACUGGGGUUCUGACACCGUCCACGUUCGCACACUCAAGCGAAAGGAAUAG